CUAUUUCCUGUUUGCUGCUACUUUGCCUCGAUCGAUCCCCCAUUCUCUCCGUUGUUCAAUGGAAAUGCCUCAUCAAUCGAAUAUUUCCCCGACCAAAGACCGGCGAUCCGACUCCCUCGGCGAUUUCAAAUAUCUCCCCGACGAAGUCAUUUGCUCCAUCUUAGAUCAUCUCACUCCUCCAGACCUCGCUCGUCUCGCUUGUGUUAGCAGUUUUAUGUAUAUAUUCUGCAAUGAAGAGCCGCUUUGGAUGAGUGCUUGUCUCAAGAAAGUCAGUGUUCAAAUUCAAUACAAAGGCUCCUGGAAAAAGACAACACUGCAUUUAGAGAAUUUGCCCAAUGACUAUAUAGAAGUUUGUAGAAAACCAUUGCAGUUUGAUGGUUUUAGCUCUUCAUUCUUAUACAGAAGAUUAUAUAGGUGCCAUACUACAUUAGACGAGUUUUCUUUUGACGAUAGAAAUGUUGAAAGAAUAGAAAACAUAUCUGCGGAACAAUUUCAUCACGAAUAUGAUGGAAUUAAACCGGUCUUGCUUAAUGGAUUGGCUGAUACUUGGCCUGCAAGGAGUGCUUGGACAAUCGACCAGCUUGUGCCCAAAUAUGGAGAUAUAACAUUCAAGAUUUCUUCCUCUUUAAAAAUGAAAUUCAAGGAUUACGUAUCUUACAUGAAACAACAACAUGAUGAGGAUCCUCUUUAUAUUUUUGAUGACAAGUUUGGAGAAUCUGCACCUGGCUUGUUGAAAGAUUACACUGUGCCCCAAAUAUUUCAAGAAGACUUCUUUGAUGUUUUAGAGAAAGAUAGAAGACCACCAUUCCGAUGGCUUGUUAUUGGGCCAGCGAGGUCUGGUGCUUCUUGGCAUGUUGAUCCAGCGCUUACCAGUGCCUGGAAUACUCUUCUUUGUGGUCGUAAAAGAUGGGCACUGUAUCCCCCAGGAACAGUUCCAUUGGGUGUUACAGUGAACGUAGAUGACGAUGAUGGUGAUAUUAGCAUCGAUACUCCAUCGUCAUUGCAGUGGUGGCUUGACUUCUAUCCACUUCUGGCAAAUGAAAACAAGCCAAUUGAGUGUACCCAACUGCCUGGGGAAACUAUUUUUGUUCCCAGCGGAUGGUGGCACUGUGUCCUGAAUCUGGAAACAACCAUUGCAGUGACACAAAAUUUUGUGAAUUCUAGAAACUUCGAAUUUGUAUGUCUAGAUAUGGCUCCAGGUUACUGUCAUAGAGGAGUUUGCCGUGCUGGUUUGCUUGCUCUUGAUGAAGGCAGUUUAGAGAUCAUCGAGAAGAACACGGCCAAUGAAAACGACAAUUUUAAGUACUCAGACCUGACAAAGAAUGAGAAAGAUGUCAGAAUUUUAAGAUCUCAAGAGAGUGAAAAUGGAAAAGAAACUUCCAAUGGAAGCUAUAAUUUAUGGGAACACGAUUUUUCUUAUGAUAUAAACUACUUGGCCAUGUUCCGGAAUAGUGAGCUGGACCACUUUAGUUCUCCAUGGAACUUGGACAAUUCCAUAGGGCCGCGAGAGUUGAGGGAAUGGCUGUCCAAGCUUUGGCUUGGAAAUCCAGGCAUGAGAGAGAUGAUUUGGAAGGGAGCGUGUCUUGCACUAAAUGCAGAUAAAUGGUUGGAUUGUGCGAGGAAAAUCUGCUUCUUUCACAAUUUGCCUUUUCCCAAUGAGAAUGCAAAGCUUCCUGUUGGAACGGGCAGCAAUCCUGUCUAUGUAAUGGAUGAAUAUGUGAUAAAAAUCUUUGCUGAAGGAGGGCUGUCAUCUUCAAUAUUUGAUUUAGGCACUGAGCUUGAAUUCUACAGCGCUCUUUCUGAAGUUAACUCUCCUCUGAAAAAUCACAUUCCUAAUGUAUUGGCUAGUGGGAUUCUGCACUUGGAAAAUGGAUCUUACAAAAUUGAUUCUUGGGAUGGUAAAACAGUUCCGAGUGUGAUUAGAAACUGUGAUUUGAUUCCAGAGAAGCUUACAGGUGAUGCUUUUCCUUUUGGUGUUCGGAGCAAGAAACUGUUUGAAUACAAAAAAGAUGUGUCGCCAGAAUAUGAACCAGACAAUUCAGAAGAAUCCACUAUUAUUUUUCUGCCUUACCUUAUAACAAAGCGUUGCAAAGGAAAGAUAUUUGCUAAACUAAGAGAUGUACUGCCAUGGGAAGAUGUGCUUAACUUAGCUUCCUUUUUAGGAGAGCAGCUACGAAACCUUCAUAUGUUGCCCUAUCCUUCCUUCAGUAAUUCAGCUCUUUCAGAGUUUGAACAAAAUAGGAGGUUUUCCUUUGCUAAUGGCAUGGACAUGGAGUUUAUUUCCAACGAAUCUUAUAUUCCAGUUGAAUGGAAAAUCUUUGUGAGAACUCUAAUUUACAAGAAGAAGAAUGCUUCCAGCCAAUUGAGUGAUCGAGGAGGUCCGAUUCCUAAAACACUUAUAGAGAAAGUUGACGCAUACCUUCCAGAUGAUUUUAUGAAGCUGCUUUCCAUUUAUGAGGAAAAUGGCAAGAAAAAAGUCGGUAAGCCUUGGUCCUGGAUACACAAAGAUAUUAUGGAUGACAAUAUUUAUAUGGAAUGUAAAUCUUGCUCAAAUGGAAUUCCUACACCGAAAAAUAAUGGUUCAGCGAAUGGGCAUAGUAAUGGUGGGGAAGUAAAAUCCUGGCGCCCUAGUUACAUCCUUGAUUUCAGCAAUCUUUGUGUAGGUGAUUCUAUUUAUGACUUGAUACCCUUGCAUUUAGAUGUCUUUAGAGGGAAUUCCACUCUGCUUAAGCAGUUUCUGAAAAGCUAUAAACUUCCUUUGAUGAUAAAAAAACCAAAGCAAGGAUCAAUGGACGGUGGCGAUGAUAAGUUUGGACGACUUUCGUACCAUGCCAUGUGCUUCUGUAUAUUGCAUGAUGAGAAUGUAUUGGCUACUCUAUUUAAAGUAUGGAAGGAACUUAGAACAGCAGAGUCGUGGGAAGAAGUUGAGCUAAAAGUUUGGGGAGAAUUGAAUGAUUAUGAAGGCUUUCCCUGAUGCAUAUAAUUGAGUUCACAU